AUGCACGACUCGCCAUGGAGACUCGCCAACACGAGAAAAGUGUCUACACAUGCUGAACUGCACGCUCUUCUCACAGGUGCAGAGGGUAUCAAAUUCUACGUGACUGCUCUGCAGGAGACCAAGAACAGAAGUAGCGACGUACGACAGAUGAAUGCCGGUGCACUCGUCAUUCAUGGAGAGAUGGUUACGUCGCGAAAUGUGAGCGGCGUUGGUUUUGUCGUGCACCCAUUUGUCAUCCAUCCUGUCGAUUCUCACGAGAUCCCGUCAUCUCGUCUGGCCAUUCUUAGCCUCCGCCAUUUGCGUCAAAACCCCAUCAGCAUCAUCAACUGCUACUUAACAGCAUCAGCAGCUGAUGAACUCGAACUGGACGCGUUUAUGAGGAGCUGGAGGGUGUGA